UCUGGUAACACUGGUCUGUAGCGUACUUCAAUUGAAUUUGUUGACGAGUUCGUGGCUUGCCAUCAAACUUUGAGGUUUUUAUCGAAGGAAUUCAUAUCACAUGAGAUCCAACAUGAAUAUUACAUCCGCCGCUGGUAUUAUCUCCCUCCUUGAGGAGCCAAUGCCAGAAUUAAAGGUGUUUGCUCUUAAAAAAUUGGACAUGAUCGUCGAUGAAUUUUGGCCUGAAAUUUCGGAGGCAAUAGAAAAAAUUGAAAUUCUUCACGAGGAUAAGUCAUUUCCACAGCAUGACUUAGCUGCAUUAGUUGCUAGUAAAGUUUAUUAUCAUUUAGGAAGUUUUGAAGAUUCUCUUACGUAUGCUCUUGGAGCUGCAGACCUUUUUGAUGUCAAUGCUCGCAACGAAUACGUUGAUACCACUAUAGCUAAAUGUAUUGAUUAUUAUACUCAACAACGAGUUUUGGAAGCCGAAGGAAAGUUACCACCAGGCAGUAAAGGAAUCGAUCCUAGAUUGGAAGGCAUUGUGAAUAGAAUGUUUCAACGCUGUUUAGAUGACAAUCAGUAUAGACAAGCUUUAGGUCUUGCUCUUGAAACUAGAAGAAUGGAUAUUUUUGAAGCUGCAAUUAUGCAGUCGGAUGACGUGAGUGGCAUGUUGUCCUAUGCUUUCCAAGUUGUCAUGAGUCUUAUUCAGAACCGUGGUUUUCGUAAUACCGUACUUCGCUGCCUGCUCAGCCUCUAUCGUAAUCUUGGCACACCAGACUAUGUAAACAUGUGUCAAUGCUUGAUAUUUCUUGACGAUCCGCUAGCCGUUGCCGAACUCUUAGACAGACUGAGCAAAGGCUCGCAAGACUGCGUCCUUAUGGCCUAUCAGAUCGCGUUUGAUUUGUACGAAUCAGCGACACAGCAGUUCCUCGAUCGCGUUUUACAAGCUCUUAGAGCAAUGGCUCCCAUUCCAAGUGCUCUUACGGUUAAACCAAUCGUGAAACCAGCCGUGAAGGCAUCUACCGAAACUAAUUCUGACUCCACGAGCAUGGAAAUCGAAACUGCUACACCCGCGCCAGAGGAGACAUCCGAACGUAGCGUUGAAAGUUUGAAUGCCGUAGAACGUGAACAACAAGAACGAGUAGACGCACUGUCGAAUAUUUUGGGCGGUGAAAUUUCCAUCGACUUGCAUCUGCAAUUCUUAAUUCGUAGUAAUCACACCGAUAUGUUAAUAUUGAAGAACACUAAGGAUGCUAUACGGGUGUCUAUUUGCCAUACUGCCACAGUAAUCGCGAAUGCAUACAUGCAUUCCGGGACAACUAGCGAUCAAUUUUUAAGGGACAAUUUAGAAUGGCUGGCUCGGGCUACGAAUUGGGCCAAGCUAACGGCGACUGCGUCUUUAGGUGUUAUUCAUAGAGGUCACGAACAGGAAGCUUUAGCAUUAAUGCAAUCCUAUCUCCCGCGAGACACCGGUGCUGGUGCUGGUUAUUCCGAGGGAGGCGGUUUAUACGCGUUAGGACUGAUUCACGCAAAUCACGGUGCAGUUAUCACGGAUUACUUACUCGGGCAGCUGAAGGACGCGCAGAACGAGAUGGUUCGUCACGGAGGCUGCUUAGGAUUGGGUUUAGCCGCUAUGGGGUCACACAGACAGGAUGUUUACGAACAAUUGAAGUUCAAUCUUUAUCAAGACGAUGCUAUUACUGGCGAGGCUGCCGGUAUUGCCAUGGGGAUGGUCAUGCUGGGAUCCAAAUCAACCCAGGCGAUAGAAGAUAUGGUUGCGUAUGCACAAGAAACACAGCACGAGAAGAUCCUUCGAGGAUUAGCCGUCGGGAUCGCGUUCACCAUGUACGGCCGGCUCGAGGAAGCCGAUUCUCUGGUGACUUCGCUCUGCUCCGAUAAGGAUCCGAUACUGCGAAGGAGCGGCAUGUACACGCUUGCGAUGGCAUAUUGCGGUACCGGAAACAAUCAGGCCAUCCGGAAGUUGCUGCACGUCGCUGUUUCCGAUGUGAACGACGACGUUCGACGAGCUGCGGUCACCGGGUUGGGAUUCCUCUUGUUCAGAACUCCCGAGCAAUGCCCAAGCGUGGUGUCGCUUCUGGCGGAAAGUUACAACCCCCACGUGAGAUACGGCGCGGCGAUGGCUUUGGGGAUCGCGUGUGCUGGAACAGGCUUGAAGGAAGCCAUAGCCCUUCUCGAUCCUAUGACCAACGACCCGGUGAACUUCGUCCGUCAGGGCGCCCUGAUCGCCUCCGCGAUGAUCCUGAUUCAGCAAACCGAGGCGACCUGCGCCCGUGUCAAGGACUUCAGGGCAUUGUACGCCAAGGUGGUCGUGGACAAGCACGAGGACGUUAUGGCCAAGUUCGGCGCUAUUCUCGCGCAGGGCAUCAUCGACGCCGGUGGGCGUAACGUGACGGUAUCUCUGCAGUCUAGGACAGGGCACACGAACAUGCUGGCGGUAGUCGGCGCGCUGGUGUUCACCCAAUAUUGGUACUGGUUCCCUCUGGCUCAUUGUUUGGCGCUCGCCUUCACUCCGACCUGCCUAAUUGCUCUGAACUCCCAACUGAAAAUGCCCAAGCUGGAGAUCCGCUCCAACGCCAGACCCAGCGUCUACGCUUAUCCGCCCCCGUCCGAGGAGAAGAAACCCGAGGAAAAGGAGAAGGUCACCACCGCUGUCCUCAGUAUCGCUGCCAGGGCACGAAGACGCGAGUCCGAGAGACGCGCUCGCGACUCCCACGAGAAGAUGGACGUGGACCCGCCAGAGACGAAGGAGACCGUCGAGGUGAAGGAAGCCUUGCCCAAGGAGAAGGAGGAGAAGAAGAAGGAGAAGGACGAGAAGGACGAGAAACCGGACAAGUCCGAGAAGGCGGACAAAUCGGGAAAAACGAAGGAUAGCAAGGAAACGAAGGACACGAAGGAGAAGGGCGAUAAGAAAGGCAAGGACGAGACCGAGAAAGGGGAAAAGGAGAAGAAGGAACCCGAGCCGAACUUCGAGAAUCUUCAGAAUCCAGCGCGCGUGUUACGACAUCAGCUGAAGGUGAUACAAUUGGUGGAGGGGAGUCAGUAUGUUCCCGUGAAGGACCUUCAAAUUGGAGGUAUCGUGAUGAUGAAGCACGUACAAGCGGAUACGGAGGAGGAACUCGUGGAGCCUGUAGCUGCUUUCGGUCCGAAACCCGACGAGGAGAAGGAAGCCGAUCCUCCAGAGCCGUUCGAGUUCACGGAGACGUUCACCGAGGAGUAAAGCACCGUCGGAGUAAGGGAAAAAUCUCACCGCGGUUUCGUCCCCGGAUCGCAAGUCGUUCGUGCACAUGUAUACGCGCGUGUAGUUCGCUGUCUGUAGAAACAAAAAAGGAAGAAAAAAAAACUACGAAAAUUGUCGCCCAACCCCUCUGCGUCGAUACGAGUACGCCGUCCUCUCGCAACACUUUCUUUUUUAUUUUCGUACCAUUAAACCCCGCUCCCACCUGAUCGCUACUCGAUAUCGUCCAUCGUCGAACUGCUGAAAUACUAUUUCGUUCCUUGGACUAAUAAUAAAUAUAAUUUGAUCGUCGGAA